AUGAUUCGUAGUCCAGCUCCAGAGGACAAGACAGACAUCAUUACCGGUGCUAAUGUCGGUCUAGGCUUGGAGGCUGCUAGGGAGUUGGCAGCACAUGGAUUGACCCGCCUGAUCCUCGCUACCCGAGAUGUUUCCAAAGCCGAAGCUGCGAAGAAGACGGACACUCGGAGGGAUAGGUUUUGGCUUGAAGGUGACUUGCCAGAAAAGGAAACCUAG